GUAAAAUUAAAUGUAGGUAGAAAAAUAAACUAAAACAGGCCAAGUCCAAAGUCAAGAAUAUUGGUUCCUUCAGGAAUGGAGGUAGUCAAGAGAGCAGUGUAUGGACGUAAAUGCAGCUAUUGGUGAUGGCCUGGGUCUUAAGGUAAAUGGUGAAUUCGUUAGUUCUCAUUUUAGUUGUCACCCUUCAUAACUUGCAGUUGUAUGAUUUAUAUUCUCUUCUCUUUCUCUUUAAAAUUCUUUUUUGAGUUUUAAAAAAUAUUGAACAGACACUACCCCACUGCUCUUCUGGAAGUCACUGUGGUCAGGGCUGACGUGACUAGGGAGUUUUUGCUUAGAUGGUUGUAAGAUUUUUCUUUACUUUUAUCAUUUAAAAUCUUUGCCAGGAUGUGCCUAGAUAUAAACAAGUAUGUUCUCAGCAGUUAUUCUGGCAAUUUGGUUUACAACCAUUUUGGCAGGAGCCAUACAAUCCAGCUAAACAAUUUGAAAGUAUCAAACUCAUAUGUUUUUGCUAACGGCUUAAGGAAAUGAGAAGAGCUCUUUCCCUUCCUAAAAGGGCCUCAGUGUACAUUUUCAUUCUCAGAGAGGAAAAAGAUAGGUUUCUAGUGAUGAAAUUCAAAUUCACUACCAAUAACAUAGCUGCCUUUUGCCCUUUCUUCUGGUCUCCACUAAGCCCAACUCCUACUCUGGAAGAAGUCAACGCCUGGGCGCAGUCAUUUGACAAAUUAAUGCUCACUCCAGCAGGGAGGAAUGCUUUCCGUGAAUUCCUCCGAACAGAAUUCAGUGAAGAAAAUAUGCUUUUCUGGAUGGCGUGUGAGGAACUGAAAAAAGAAGCUAAUAAAAACAUUAUUGAAGAGAAAGCAAGGAUAAUAUAUGAAGACUACAUUUCUAUUCUUUCUCCUAAAGAGGUCAGCUUAGACUCCCGAGUAAGAGAAGUCAUCAAUAGGAACAUGGUGGAGCCAUCCCAACACAUAUUCGAUGACGCACAACUUCAGAUUUACACCUUAAUGCACAGAGACUCGUACCCCCGAUUCAUGAACUCUACUGUCUAUAAAGAAUUACUCCAGUCCUUAUCUGGGAAAUCAGUUGAAGCAUAGGAUGUCAUCAAAUAUAUUUAUUAUUAAUAAAAUAAUGAAAGAACUCAUGGACUACGUCUAGUACAGGGGAUUUAGGGGUAGUAGUGUCUUCUGCCAAAGUAAUCCUCGGCAUAUUUUAAUAAUAGAUGCUUCAUUCUACAGAAGGGUAUAUACUCACAAUAUAAAUUUCAGCCACCUUUAGUGAUACUUUUGAAAAAAUGGGGUAUGGCUGUCUUAGAAAAAUAGUAUGUCUACAUUUAUAAUAACAGUAGCAUGUUCUCAAUGGCAAAGGAUGUACUAGAAGACUCCACACUACCUACAUCCACUGGAGAAAACAGGACUGCUUUUGUUUUGCCUGAGUUCAGUACCUAUUACUCUCCUCCCAAAGAAAAGACAUUCAAUGUUUCUCAGCUACUCCUUCCAUCCAUCAAGCUCAAUUUUGAAUAUAUCACUUAUCAGUGCCGUUACAGUACCCAAAUUCCCAUUUUAUAAAGAUGUGACUACUUGUAAAAAUGGUGUUCCACUUUAUCUUAGAAUGUAUAUGUAGAUACAUAUAUGUGUUUGUGUAUCUGUGCUUGGUUAGUGUAAACACUGUGCUCUGAAGUGGACCAGUCUCAAAUGUUUGGUAUGAGAAGUAGUGCUUAGAAAAUCCUUCGUUGAAAAGUUACCUUUAUUUUAUUACAUAUUCUGCCAGCCUAAAGAACAAAUUUUUAAGUUCACAACCUAGUCAUGUUCAUAAAAAAACUUUCAAAUAAGCAUAUUUCCAUUUUAAUUAUUGAAAUAAAUAUCAGCAUUUUCACUCAAAAAAAUGAAGCACAGGAGUUUUACCUCAAUCUUUACAUUUUUCACAUGGAAAUCAUUUGGGAAUAUAAGAUUAAGUGAGUAGGGAUACAUGCAAGAUAUCUUUUAUCCUCUAGAGAAAUAUUUUGUUUACAGAUCCACUGUUUAUAUCAUAGGCAAAUGAAAUAACUUCAUAGCUUACAGGUAAAAAUAUUGGUUUUUAAACUUAAACACUGUGAAGAAGCCCAUCACUACAAUGAGUGGGAAAAAACAUCUAAAAUGAGGUAAAUGUGAAAGACAUUCAAAUCUGGAAUGAUUUGAGUAGUGGAUUAGAAGUUAAUCUGCAAAAGGCCCACAGCAUGCUUCAGCCCUAACUGGGAUGUCUCUCGGUCAUCUCCCUCAAGUGGCCCUGCAGCCUGAUUUCUGCAUUAUUCUUUUCAAGCCCCAAAUCUUAGCAAUCCCCCCUCAUCCUCCUUCUCAGUAAACUAUCUAAACUCCUACUGUACUAUGAAAAUUUUGUCCCUAACCCUUUUCAACUUCUCAUGGGACCUAUAAAUAUGUAUAGAUCAGCAUCUAUUCUCGCUCGCCUCAGUCAAGUCCCAGAGACUGUGUCCUUUCCUCCUUUUCAAGGUGUCAACCCCUUACAUGUGCUUUUAAUUCCAUAUCCAACAGUCUCAUUUUUUUUUCAUUAGACAAAGAGAAUAUGAUUGUAAUCAAGGCACAAAUCCUGCCCUCUGGUAGUUUACAUCAAGUAAGCACAACAUGUCCAUGGCAGCUACAGUGAGCUGUAGUUAAGUGCUGUAACAGUGAAAACUGAGCUGUGCAAGUCUUGAAGGGCUAUGGAAAGGCUCUGGCAGUAGUGACACCAAAGCUAAGCCCAACAGAACAAGAAAAGUGUGUGUAUGUUGGGGCAGAGGUAUAGGGAAGGUAUUUGUAAUUGAAGCAAUCCCAAAUGAGUCCAGUUGUGGAAAUUAUGAGUAUGCAGUAACUGUGAGACAUAUAACACAGUUGAGAAAUUAAUUAGAUGGAGGAAGCUACAUGGUUGAGAUUUUAGGCUGGAAUAUUGACUUGGAGUUUUUCAACACAUAAAUGAAUGAGAUUGCCUGGAGACUUACAGCAUGAAAACAGCUGAGGGUAAAUCCUUGCAAGGAUGGACAGAGAAACAAGAAUUCCCAAAAGAGGGCUGGCCGA